GGGCAAGAAAGAGGGCGCUCGGCGGUGCCCAUAACCUCCGGGGCCCGCCGCCUGCCGCCCUCCCCAGCCGGAGGCCGCAGCCCGCAGCCCACAGCCCGCAGCGGGGCGGCGGCCCCUUGGGCCCCCACCCCCGGGCCUCCGCCCGCCCUUUGUCCGCUCCCGGUUGCGCGGCGGCGUCGCCAGGCGACGGGCAAUGCGGGCGGCGGGGCCGGCCGUGCGGGAGCAGGCGGCCAUGCGGGGCGGCCCAAGGCAGCCCGCGGCCCGGGGCCGCAGCCAGGCGGGACGCCGCAAGGCGCAGGGCCGGCAGGCGGGCGCCAUGCCGGGGCAAGGCGGCGGCAGGCGGGCGGGGGCGCCCAGAGGCGCGGCGCAGGGGAGCCGCAGGCCCCGGGAGCAGGGUGAGCUACAAGAAGCAAUUUCUGCUCAUGCGGCAAGGGAACAAACAGCUGUUUACUCAGACGACUUUGAGAGUGAAGAAGUUGACAUGUUAAAUGAUACUGUGGAGGAACGUCAUAAAAGCAAUUCAGAUGCUGACAGCAGUAAGAAAUCUGUUGAUUCUGAGAGUCCUCCCUCAGAUGAUGGUGCAUCACAAAAAGCAGCUGACUUGGAAAAUGAAGGUGUUGAUGACUUGAGUUUAUCCUUUCAUGAAAGGAAACUUCAGCAAAAAACACUUUCAGAAAGUGAAAACAUACAUGACAAAAUAAAUGAAGUGCACUGUUUGGAAAGUGAAAAUGAAGACAAUGACAGAAAAAAUAAUGAAGAGCAUUCAGCUGCUGAAUUGCAGUGUCAUAUGAGUGAGAUUGACCACUGCAAUGAUUUGCCUAUGCCUGAACUAAAGAAAGAAAGAAAGGCUAUUACACUGGAUCAAAAGGAAAAGAAACCAAUACCAAAGCCAAGGAUGCACAAAACAAGAAAUACAUCAGCAUCAGUAGGUGGCUGUUACAAAGCAUCACCUCAACCAAGAAGUGCCAGGAGAAAAAGUAGCCCCAUGAAAGACAAUGAAUUUAGUAAGUCAGAAGAAGUAACUCCUAGACGUGGAUUGUCUUCGUUUUCAGCACCGUCAUCCCUAACUUCUCUGAAUACUACAGCCUCGUCUGAGAAAAAAGUGUUUGCUGAAAGCCCUAGUCCUGAAGGUCCAUGGCUAGAAAGUACUUCACUACCAUUUUCCAUUAAUUUUACUUCCCACAAUGAGAGAUCUGAAGACUCCAAUUUACAGAUGUGUGGAGAAACACCACUUUCACAAGAUGAGAGGAAGGAUACCAGCCCCAGUGACUUGAAACUGGAGGAUAAUAUUAGCAAAACCCUUUCUGUGACAGAAGCAAUGACCACGACAGCAGAUGAGAAAACAAAGAAAUCAGAGAAGUCAACAGAUGACAGUUCAGAUGAACAGGAGAACAUUGUGCAAGGGCAAAUAGAAACUGAUACAGCACAGGAAGCGUCAGUAGAUGGUCAGUCUGAACAUGUGGAGUCGAAGAUGACUUCAGAGGACUUUGUCAAGAAACAAAGUGAAACAAAGGCAACAGUUCUACAAAAAUCAAAACCUUCAUCUUGCAGGUCUCUGUCUUCUGCAAACUUAAAGAAAAAAGCAAAAGCUGUUCCAUCAGCUACAGCUGUUUCAUCUCAAUACCUGGGAACAUUGAAGGUGUUGGAGAAUAAACACUUGCAGAAGAACAGUAGAGAAUUUGAGAAAGCAGAUAGUUUACGAGCAGCUGUUUUCCAGAAUUGGCUGGAAAAGAAAAGAGCUUUACUACUGGAAUUAAAGAGAAAUGAAAAGAAAAAAGCUGAAAAUCUGAGGAUCGAUACUGAAAAGAAAGAAGAUAUUAAAAGAAAGGAAGCAAUUGCAUCUUUUGAAGCCUGGAAAGCGAUGAAAGCAAAAGAAGCAAAGAAGUUAAGUGAAAAAAAGAAGCUCGAAGAACUUAAGAGAAAGAAAGCAGAAGAACAGAAUGCAGAGAAAAUGGAAGCAGCACAGAAGGCAUUUGAAAAAUGGAAAGAAAGAAAAGCAGAAUAUUUAAGAGAGCAAAGCAGAAAGGAAAAACAGUCUGAAAGAAUCAGGAAGAGGAAAGAAGAGGAAUUGGUUGAAGAAAAAAAGAAAGACAACGUAUCAGCAGUUGAAAAAUGGAAUGAAAAAAAGGAAGAAUAUAUAAAACAAAAGAAGGCAGAAAAAGUCCUAGAGAGAAGAAAGCAAGAAAUACAACAGACAAAGAAGGACGAAAAAGAUAAAAAGGCUAUUGAAGAAUAUGAAAGAUGGCUGAAAAAGACAGAGAGGAGAGAGCAGCUUGAGAGGAAGCAAAAGAAGCUCCAGGCUGCCUGUGGGGAGGAAGUGCGUUCUCCCUGGAGUCCACCUGGUAAAGUCAUGUAUUCAAGGAAUUACUGAGCGGUCUAUUGCAUUCUGUGAGAAAAGAUCGUUUGCAAAUUUCUGACAGUGAAUAGUCAUUUAUUUCAAUAACAUCUGCUUUUCACUGAAUCUGUAAUAGAAGUUGCAUCUUUCUUUUUAGUUAAUACGAUCUCUGGAGAUUGGUUGUCCUUUUCCAGUGCUUUAGCAAAUGCACUAUUUUUUGUAAUUCUGCAUUUAACUUAGUCUUGCUAAAUACUGUGUUCCUUCAUUCCUUUUUUUCUGGAAGUCUCUAUUUAGGAUACGUGAGACUGUACUCUAGUAUUUUUUUUCACAUGGUAAGUAGCAGUUUAUUUAGCAGAAUGGUUGUAUUUAAGUUAUUAGGCCUUAUUACUAUUCAGCAUGAGUAAUGACAGUAAUUGCUCAAAAUGAGUGGUCAGUUGCAACUAUGCACAUUCAGAAUCAGGAAAAAAAAGAAGGAAAGACUAAAGCGUUUGCCUUCAGAAAUGUUUUAGAGACAAUCUAUUUAUAAACCAUUAAAAGAUGAUGAACAGGUGAUAAACAACUCAAUAAAAGGGAACGUACAAGCAAGGGAGCUAAACUGUAUGUGCAGGAUGAAAGGACAGUAAUGCUAGAUGAUGUGUUUGAAAUGCUUCUCUCCCUUUAUCUGCAAGACCAGUUUCAAAUGGGUAGUGGAGAGGCAAAAGCAGCUCUUAUUCUUAUGUGGUAGGUAAGAGUGUAUUUGUGAAGAAAGUACAUGAUCAAGAACGCUCCUGCCAUGAGGAAGAUGGGACUGGGGAGUUAAGCGUGGAAGAACUGUUGGCUGAAGGCAGAAGGAGGAUGGGGAAGGAGAUGUUAGCUGUUUUGAGGUAGAGCAAAGACAAAGCUAAGCAGUAUGGUGGGGAGAUGUUUUCAUGCAUUAAGAGAUGAGCUGCAGAGAACACAUUUAACCCUUUGAUUAUGUUACACUGUGAAAUAUAAAAAUAGCUUUUAAAUUAAAGGUGCAUUAUGGAUAAACAGCCUUUCAUGGGGCCAAACCCAGGUAGCUAUGGGAUGGUAAAAAAAGAACUGGAACUGGUGAAAUGUAAAAUGAUCCAGGGCUGAGACUGUAGCUGUUAAUUCUGUUUCAGGUAUUCAUAUACAUUCCAUCUAUUUCCUGUUUCCUACAGGAAACAGCUAUUUUAGAAGCAUGUUUUGUAGUUCACACAAAAUCUUACAUAAAAACUGCACGGGCAGAACAGUGGUGCUUCUGAGGCAAUCUUAGGCACUGAAAAUGACUUUUCUGGAACUUAAUUAAAAGACUUCUGUUGUUGUUUUUCCAUGAUCAAAUAAAUCCCUCCCAAACACAUUUUCAUCAUUGCUAAUGAGCCAGUUGCUGUAGUAAGUUAUUAAAACUACUUCAGUUUUUGUUUUGGUUUGUUUUUUUGUUUUUUUUUUUCCCAUGGCUAUUUGCCUCACUAUUUUGGAAUCAAUGGGAAGACUAGAGAUCUUUAGAGAUCUUCACAUCUCUUAUUUGCCUGCUGUCUAAACUCAGGCUGUUACUUAUGUGUUUUUAACUUUAAUUUUAAUAAUCAUGUCAGAUUUGUUCCUCAAGUGAGUAUUCAGAAAAAGAAAACCAACAAAAAACCCUAGUUCAUAAAUUAUAAACGUAUUUUCUCAAAUGAAAAUCUUGCAUUUGUUUAGACUGACAACCUCCUUGGGAAGGAGCAUUUGAGAAGUAAACUUGCACUUUUACACUCUUAUUCUGUUUAUAAAUUACUGAGAUACUCAUUAAUUCUGUAUUUCAUUUAAUGCUGGGGCAUCUUCUCAGAAGAGAAAAAACACAAGACUGUCAAGCAGAGGAACUUCAGUUCCUGACAUUGUUUGCUUGUUUGUUACGUUUUAGUGAGAGCCACUGAUGAUUUAAACGCAUUUGUUUUGGCCAUAACUAUUCUAUUGCCAUAAUCCUUUGUAGGUGAAAUUUAUUGUUGGUGUAUAUGUAAAAGUGAAAUUCAUAAGGAUAUCUCCUUUCCUUAUGGUUGAAUAUGGUUCUGUUCAUCCUUGUUAGUAUGCACUCUUCUUUUGUGAAUGCAUAAUUCAGAGCUUUGUCAAAGUUCGACAGAAGUAGAAAUAUAAAUAUGUUCGAACAGCCAGUAGUGGAGUAGUUAUCGUCAUUAACCUAAUUUCUGUCAGUAAAUAAGGGUAAAGGAAGGCUUAUAAGAUGCACAGUUUUCUGUUGCAAAUCAUCUAUUCACUUUGUGAAGAAGUAUUUGCUAAACCUGAGAACAAUUAUGAGGUUUGGCUAAUAGUUGUGAUCUGUCAGAUGAUUUGGCUGUAUGCAAAUCCAGCACACUUGAUCCAUUGUGAGGAGUGGUUGCAGGUUUGAUAUGGCUUCUUUUAGAUUAGGGUGUAUCUUUACCCCAGAACCAGGUUUGAGUACAUUGACUCAUAUUUUACACUGCACUUCCAGUUGCCUUGCUGGCACCUCAUUCAUGGUAGCCCUGCUGUGGUUUGCAAUUUUUUAGCAGGUCUCUGCUGGUCCUACCACUUGCUUCCUGCUACCUUGUGGCAGGUCAGGCAUUUUUCCCAGCAGUAGUGGUGUGAUAAUGACUGUGUUAGUAUCCAGAGAGAAAGCAAAAGUUCACUGCUCACAGAAACAUUGAAGAAGUUGUGAACAUGCACAGCCAGAGCAGCUUCAGUGGACAAUCCAAGAAGCAGGGUAAAAUUACACAUACCAGCAGGAGACAUAACAGAAUUAAAGCACAGCCAGAAUACGACAGAACUGCCAGCUCAAAUUAGCCCACCCAAAUUUUUAGGGGUGGGGUUGGGGAGAGGAACAAAUUCAGGCACUUAGGCUGGAGCAGUGAUGUGCAUUGCCUGCAAGGCUUUUAGCACUAGGAGCCUUGAGUUCAGGUUUAGUCAAGAAACCAUAGCGCCGUAAUUUCAUGGGAAAAUGAAAUGUAUAGGAGACAGGAAAUUUUGCUGUGCAGCUAUCAUCAGGAGAGACUGAGACAAAGCAUGCAGCCUGUGUGAAACUUGGCAUGCUGAAUCAUCUAGAUCUUUAUUUCUGCAGUGUACAGCUAGAGCAAGUAAGGUAAGUCCCUGUGCUGACAGGCUUACAGUUGAGGGAUGCAAAUGAAAAGACUGUUAGAGGUAGCAGCAGAGCUGGAAAAAGGUAUAUCACAUGCCUAUUGCUAAGCUGAAUACUGCACUGUUACUCACUUUAAGCUUUUAGAUGAUUGGAUAGAAAAUUUUUGACAGAAGAUAUAAGUGGGAAGAUGUUGGUGACAUCCUGCAAAGGAGUGAUAUACCAAAAACUCAUAUAAAUUCACAGCUUUUCAAUGAGAUAAAAAUGCUGAAGAUCUAAAGACACACAUGGAAAAAACAGUUGGUAAACUCUGUGUUCGACUUUUAUAAUAAAAUUUUGCGAGCUUUGUCUAAUCUUGCAUUGUAAAACUUUGGACAGGUUAAUACAUGAUGUAGAAAAAAUCGGAGCUGAGGUGUACACAUGUGUACAGUAACUUAUAAAAACGUAUGUGUAUUUAUUUGUAAAUCCUGUUAUGUUUACAGAGGGGAAAUAUUUAUUAAUAAAAUAUAUUUUAAUAUAAUGGAA